GAACACAUCGCGGGAUACGAGCCAAUCAACCGCCGCGCUUAUUCCAGUUCUAUGAUACGAACGAAACCGGCAGCACCCUGCUUCACCUUCACCGCAGGAGUCAGGACGGCAUCAGAACAGCAUCCGAGCUGCACCGACAGCCUGCUUACACACCGCCCGCCAGCCUCAGUGUAGUUCCCUAAUGGCAACGGAGGACAAAGGAAAAACGGCGGCGCCUUUCCCGGAAACGGGAUCCCUCUCAGCAACGCACAGCAAUCUGAACAAUAAUAACAACAACAAUAAUAAAAACAAAGACAACGAGGGAAGCGAAGGAGCCACAACAGCCACAUCUGCUGCUGUUGAAUCCGGCGGGCCUGAAAAUAUCAUAGGAAACGGUUCAGCUGUUAAUAUUACCGGAGGCAAUAACGGCAAAUGGGUCCGUCUCAACGUCGGGGGGACGGUGUUUCUAACGACACGACAAACGCUGCUGAAGGAGCAGACUUCAUUUCUGUACCGACUGUGUCAGCAGCAGGAUUUACAUUCAGACACGGAUGAAACUGGUGCUUAUGUGAUUGACCGAGACCCAACCUAUUUUGGGCCCAUCCUCAACUAUCUGCGACAUGGGAAGCUGGUUUAUAACAAGGAGCUGGCAGAAGAAGGUGUCUUGGAGGAGGCAGAAUUCUACAACAUCACACCGCUGAUUAAAUUAAUCAAAGAGAGGAUUCUUGAGCGAGACUCCAAGGCCACACAGCAGGUACCACCAAAGCACGUGUACCGGGUGUUGCAGUGUCAGGAAGAGGAGCUGACCCAGAUGGUUUCCACCAUGUCGGACGGCUGGAAGUUUGAGCAGGUCAGCGUGCGCGCCUGCCGAAAACCCCGCCCCGGACUGCUCUGGACUAUGGUGAACAUUGGCUCAUCUUACAGCUAUGGAACAGAGGACCAGGCUGAAUUUCUCUGUGUGGUGUCAAAAGAGCUGCAUACCUCGGGUGGAGGUUUGGGGACAGAGCAGAGCCACAAGACUAAGACCUCGGACACACAGGAGGAAGAUGGAGCGAGGGAGGAAGAGGAGGAGGAGGCAGUGGGAGAGAGAAAUGCCACCCCCAAUGAGUGGAUUAGAGAUUAGCAGAAACUUGUGUCAAAGGAAUUGCUGUUCCAGAUCCAUGGGUCCCGGAUGUAGGAUACAAAGAAUUUUAUUUUUCUAGAUCUCCAUUUCAUCAUGUGUUCAUGAUGCAGUUUUUAUAACCAUACUUUUUUAGAUUUGUUGACUUGAACAACGGGUAUUAGCGGGAGACAAGAACUUCACAUCCAGCAGCAAAAAAUGUCAUUGUUUUAAAUUGAAAUGUUUCUGAAAACAAAAGUCACCUAAGGUAUUAAAGAAAGACUUACAGCUACUAUCUUAGUACAUGACCCGUUACCAAAGAGUGCAACGUAGUUAUGGGAUCCAACUUCAGUAAAUAUAAUGCAUUUAAACAAAAAGUAAAGAAUUAAGUCUGGUUUAGUCAGGAAAUACAUUGUCAUCAAUGAUGGAAAUACUGUGUGGAUAUGAGAAAGUAAUCACUUUUUUAGUAUUUAGAGUUUAGGUUUUGCACAUAUUGCAGAAGAAGAGUGGCUCUGCUACAUGAAUAGGUCACGUCCUGUUCCAUUUAGCAUCAGCUGUGGGUAAAGUGCCAGCACUGUCAACCUGGCAGACCACCAGCAGUGCACUUCAGACCCAUUUACAGUCUGCGGCAGUUCAUUUUGAUAGUCGUUGGCGCCAGCUAGAAGGUCAGGGUAUCAUUAAAGGUCACUGGGAUAUUGCGGUUCUGGUCAUGUUUGAAUACUGUAUAUGGAUUCUUAAUAGGUCCUGGUUUCAGUUUAUUUAAAAUGAAGUUCAGAUAAUGUGCUGGAAUAUGAUACUGUCACUUGCUAAUGUGUUUUGUGUGAAGGCUAGGUUUCUUCCAAAGGAACAGUCAAAAUCGUUCAAAUAAACAUGCUUCAAUUCAACAAAUGAUCAAGCACCUUUUGCUCCCUUUAGCUUACAGCUGUGGGCUGUUUGCAUGCCUAAGCUUCUUUAUUAUUAAAUAUGCUUAAUUUUCUUGCACAAAUUUGCAAAUAUACAGUGCCCCCAAAAUAUGUUUGGACACUUAAGCCACAGUUAAACAUGGAGGAACAUUGUAAUGGAUGAUUCCAUUAUAUAGCAAACCAAGUUGCUGAUAGAACAAGCACAAUCCUUUAGCAAAACAUAACCAUGUGAAACUGGUUUCAAAUAUCGUAUAUCAGGGCUCCAGAAAAAAACAAAAAAACAAAACAAUUAAGGAGCUAUUGAUGUUGUACUGUGAUAAAGCAAUAAGCCCCAAGAACCUGUGGUUUACAGUGAAUUCAUAACAGCGGAGGAGCAUUGUUAGGUACGAGUGCCUAAAGCCCCCUUUAGCUGUUAUAAAUUCUCUGUAAAUCACAAUUUGUUUUACCGCUGUAAAAACUUCACGGGCUCAUUGCUUUUAGAAAAUGGUUAUUCCAUAUAUGUAACAAGGUUUCAUAAAAUAAAACAAAGCUAAUACAAUGUAAUGAUAUUAAUAAAAAAUAUUCUUCCACCAAACAGUGUAGUUCCUCAGAAACUGUUGUGGUUACAGUAAAGUGGUUCCCGAGCAACACACCAAAACAAAUAGGUGAAUGCCUGUUGACUAGAGUAAUUUACAAAAGCUUUGAAAGUGGCUCAACUAAUCAGAAUCAAGGACCAGAACUAUCAGUUUUAUUAGCUAUCUUUUAAAAUAGCCUACCUUUUGUACUAUAGUAAUGAAGCAAAAGAUAUGAUGGUUUCGUGUGCCGCUUGAACUAAGGCACUAAAGCGAUUGCUUAUGCUGCAUUAAAUGUAUACUACAUUUUGGAGAAUAUGAGCUGAACGCUGGCUGCUUACGCUCUUCUGUGUCAGCCACACCACAAAGAUAAGCAGUUUUCUUUCAAAUCAAAGUGUAAAUACAAGUACUGCUACUGUGCUGCUAACACAGAAGAGCGUACACAGCCAGCGUUCAGCUCAUAUUCUCCAAUGGCGCUACGUUGAGGUGGUGAUAAGCUGACUACAUUUUUGGUCUCAGUCUGGAGCCCUAUAAAUAAAUAAAUAUAUAUAUAUACACACACACACAAUGUAUAUAUGCUAAAAAUAGCUUUGAGACCAGUUUAAAUGUUUUUUUCUGAGAAAGGGUCAUGCUUCAUUUGUUUGCAGAUUCCACUUGGUUUGAUAUUUCCAAUUUAAUGCAUUAAAAUUAAUUUUUAAAUGUGAUUUAAGUGUUUAGAAACUAAAUUUGGAUGGUUAAAAGGAUUUUUUCCCCCAUGUUUGAUUAUGGCAUUAUCAUUGUCUUUUUUUUAAACAUUUAAUUUGUUUGUAAUCGCAACAAGACCUAUUAUUAUUAUUAUUAUUAUUAUUAUUAUAACUGCAUUUAUACAGAGGAAAGAGGUGUUUGCAAACACAUUUUGUAGCUCUGUGCAUUACUGGGUCAAUUCGUUCUUAUUCUGUCCCCAUUUCCUAGCACUGUGUUCCAGAACUGUGAGCAGAAUUGUUUCUAGACACAGAAUAGUGAGGAGAUGAGAUGUUAAACUCGAACUGUUUAGACUGAUGUGUCAGUGCUGUACACUAUAGUAAUAUCUUUACAACUGAACUGGUGGCUUGAACAAAUGUUAUCACUGCAUUGAAUUUCAGAAGUAUGUUUUAUUUUUCACGUUUAUUUUGUAUAUGUUAAUAGCAUCCUUUUAUAUGGCCUUUUUUAUAAUCAUACUUUGCCAUUCAUCUGUAUUUAUUUUAGUCUAAUAAUUGUCAGAUUAUGUUUCUUUGUCAGGGCACAGGUAAUGUUAUGGUUUAUAUUGAAUUUUAUUCUGUAGACACAAUGCUAAUUUAAUUUUUUUAAUGCCUUUGUUACAUAUAUUAUACCAUAAUUCCUCUCUGAGCUCUCACAUUAUAUUUAUUUAUUAAAUAUGGGAUGAGCUUAUUAAUUAAUUUUUAUUGGUGUUAAAAUGAAUUGAGUUUUAUUUCAUUUUUUUCUUUAUACGUACACUUUAGAUGUAUAAUUAUGAACUGUAAUUCAUACAUAUUGCAUAAUUCAUAAGUUUUGAUUAGCAUUGAAAGCACAUCUGUCUGUUUAAAUGAACCCUCAAUUGAAGAAAAUGUUUAGUGAUAAUUACUAAUGGCUUUCUAAACUUGGAACCAGGAGAAAGACCCUUAGUACUGUAGUGUAUGUAUGCCAAAGAAAAUUAGAUUAAUGUUUGUCUCUUCAACUAAAAGAAUAUCUUUUAGCCCAGAAAACAAUCAUGAAUUAGAUGUCCAAACAGCAUUGUUGUGUAAAUAGUUAUCAAAAUGAUUGAAAUAAAGUUUAGAGUUUCUUUUUCAAAAAACAUUUCAGCUGUGUCUGAAGCGUUAAUCCAGUUUAUUAUAAUAUUUACAUGAAAAUGAAAUAUCUCAUGUAUGAAACAUACUGUUACACUCACAUGCUCCAUGCACAGUUUAAUAUCGCCACACGGUUAAACGUAUUAAUGCAAUUGCAUUUGAAGUUUAGCUUAUUGCUGUCAGAUCAGUUUAAGAAAGACAAGUUUUUUGGAAA